AUGUCCAAGACAGAGCAAAAGGCCUGCCUCAUCGUUAUUGAUGGGUGGGGUAUCCCCUCCGAGGAGAGCCCCAAGAAUGGCGAUGCCAUUGCCGCCGCCGAGACGCCCGUGAUGGACGAGCUUUCCAAGAGCGAGACUGGAUUCACCGAGCUGGAUGCCUCAUCGCUGGCGGUGGGAUUGCCCGAGGGCCUGAUGGGAAACUCUGAGGUCGGCCACUUGAACAUUGGCGCGGGACGUGUUGUCUGGCAGGAUGUUGUCCGCAUCGACCAGACGAUCAAGAAGGAGGAAUUCGACUCCAACGAGGUCCUCAAGAAGACGCUUGAGGGUGUUGUGAGCGGCAAUGGCCGCCUGCACCUCUGCGGUCUGGUUUCCCACGGUGGUGUGCACUCCAAGCAGGAACACCUGUAUGCCAUCCUCAAAGCCGCUAAGAAAUACAAGGUCCCCAAGGUUUUCAUCCACUUCUUCGGUGACGGCCGUGAUACCGACCCCAAGUCUGGCGCUGGCUACAUGGAGGAGCUGGUUGACUUUAUCAAGGAGCUCGGUCUUGGCGAGAUUGCAACCGUUGUCGGCCGAUACUACGCCAUGGACCGUGAUAAGCGAUGGGACCGUCUUGAGAUUGCUCUCAAGGGCCUUGUUCUCGGCGAGGGCGAGGCAAGCGAGGAUCCCGUCGCCACUGUAAAGAAGCUCUACGAAACAGAGGGCAAAAACAACAGAGAUGAAUUCCUUCUUCCCAUUAUUGUUGGUGGCGAUGAGCGCCGUAUCAAGGAUGAUGAUACCGUCUUCUUUUUCAACUACCGAUCCGAUCGUGUGCGACAAAUCACUCAGCUCCUCGGCGAUGUUGAUCGAUCCGUGCUGCCCGACUUCCCCUACCCCAAGAUCAACAAGCUCGUCACCAUGACUCGAUACAAGACUGACUUCCCCUUUGAUGUUGCUUUUGAGCCUCAGAAGAUGGACAACGUCUUGGCUGAGUGGCUUGGAAAACAGAACGUUGAGCAGGUGCACGUUGCCGAGACUGAGAAGUACGCCCACGUCACCUUCUUCUUCAACGGUGGUGUUGAGAAGGUCUUCCACCUCGAGACUCGUGACCAGGACCAGGAUCUUGUCCCCUCCAACAAGACAGUUGCCACCUAUGACCAAGCUCCCGAGAUGUCUGCGGAUGGCGUUGCCGACCAGGUUGCCAAGCGUCUGGCAGAGCAGAAGUUCCCCUUUGUCAUGAACAACUUUGCUCCCCCCGACAUGGUUGGCCACACCGGUGUCUACGAGGCCGCCAUUGUUGGCUGUGCUGCCACCGACAAGGCCAUCGGAAAGAUUCUGGACGCCUGCAAGAAGGAGGGCUACAUCCUGUUCAUCACUGCUGACCACGGCAAUGCUGAGGAGAUGAAGUUCGCCGACGGAAAGCCCAAGACCAGCCACACCACCAACAAGGUGCCUUUCAUCAUGGCCAAUGCUCCUGAGGGAUGGAGCCUCAAGAAGCAGGACGGUGUCCUCGGUGAUGUUGCUCCUACUAUCCUGGCUGCCAUGGGCCUGCCCCAGCCUGAGGAGAUGACGGGCAAGUCUCUUCUGGCUAAGGACCUCAAGAGGGGCGCUGAUGAGUAA